AUGGCCCUCCUCCAAUGGAAAGCUACACUUGCAAGCCCACCGGUGCAGAUGAGCUCUUGGCAGGAAAACAACACCCCCUGCAACUGGACGGGCAUCGUGUGCACAGCUGUUCGCCAUGGCCGCCGCAUGCCCAGGGUAGUUACCGACAUCUCCCUGCCGGAUGCUGGCAUCAGGGGCCAGCUUGGUGAGCUCAACUUCUCAGCUCUUCCAUUCCUCACAUAUAUUGACCUCACCAACAACAGUCUCCAUGGUGCACUACCCGCUAGUAUCAGCUGCCUGUCAUCACUUUUGGAACUCUACCUUCCCUACAACCAGCUCACAUGGAAAAUUCCCGAUGAGAUUGGUGGCCUGCAAAGUCUGAGGGUGCUUGAGCUCUCAUUUAACAGACUCACAGGACAUAUUCCUGCGUCUCUGGGCAACCUAACAAUGUUAACUGAUCUCGCCAUUCACCAAACCAUGGUAUCAGGUCCCAUUCCUGAGGAGAUUGGAAGGCUUGUCAACCUGCAAAUUCUACAGCUAAGCAAUAGCAUCUUAAGCAGCAUAAUACCAAAAACCCUUGGAAAUCUGAGCCGGCUAAAUACUUUGUACCUGUAUGAAUCAAAUUUCGGGCUCAAUACCUAG